AUUUUAGUUUAGUAUCGUAUCAUUUAGUGAUCCGACUCUUAAACAGUAAAUAUGUUUCAAUUAAACAUAUUUUCAACUAUUGUUAUCGCAUUGUUUGUUAUCUUAUCCAUUGAUUGUAUUGACAGUCGUCGACAACUAUCCAACAAUGAUAGACAAGAGUUAACAAAAUUUAAACUAACAGUUAAACUAUUGGAUGGCGUUUUGAAUGAUAAUGACAACAACAAUCCAGACAUAUCGCCGGUUGGUCCACCCAAACGAGUUUGGGGUCAUAUCGAGAGGAGCGGGAAAGAUGAGGGUGUUUAUCAACACAUUGACAAAAAUGGCAAAAGAUACACUACAUAUGGCAAACCAUCAUAUGAAACUAAAUACUAUGAUCCCAAUCAUAAUGAAGUUAGCAAGGAGCAAUGGAGACAAUUUAAUCCUGAUGUGCCUAUAGUUGAUUUUGAGAAUGAUGGUGACAAUCCAGGUGCUGGUGUUGGUGAUGGUCAGGGAGGAGGAGGAGGAGGAGGAGGAGGAGCUAGUAAUUCGAAUCUKACUGAAUGGGAUCGAAAAAAACAACGACUUCAACAACAAGAAAAAGAAUAUAGAGCUAGAGCUCCGAUAGGACGUCUACCCAAACCCAGGUGGGGUUUCGUAACAAUGACACAAGUUAGUGGCGAUCUUCARCUGAUUGUUAACAAAGAUGGUACCAGUCAUUCAGUAUCUGGUCCACCACCACCACCAGUGGUCCACUACCAUGAUCCCAAUCAGAAAGAAAUUACCAGGGAACAAUUCAUACAAUUUAAUACUGAUUGGCCGGAUAAAUGGUAGAAAAUCAGUAAAAAUAAUUUAUUAACAACAAAAUAAYACAGUAGUUAUUUAAAAAUA